ACACACGAGCACACGCGGAGCUCCAAAAAUAAAAAAAAGUGAAAAAAAGAAAAAAAAAUAAGUUUAAUUACCCGCGUUGAUCAUGGCAUCCACCGACGAAUUAACAGUUGCUGCACUUAUUCACAAUAGUUUAUUAAAAGUUGAUGCUUCAUUAGCAAAAGUAUUUCAAACUAAAACAAAAUCCCCAGCAUUGCCAAAAGGUUCACCAACAUUAUUAGAAAUAUUUCAACAAUGGCAAAAAACAACACCAAAAAAGUUAUUAAUUAAAGCAAAUGGUAAAAAGUCAGAUUCAAGUUCUGAUGAUAGCAGUGAAGAUGAAAAACCAGCACAAAAAACAAAAGCUGCACCAACACCAGCUAAAGUUGUUCCAACAAAAAAAGCUGAAUCAUCAUCAAGUGACGAUUCAUCUGAUGAAGAAGAAGCAAAAAAACCAGUUGCUAAAAAAGUAGUUGCUGCUGCUCCAGCCAAAAAAGCACCAGUUGUUGCUAAAAAAGCUGAAUCAUCAAGUGAAGAUUCAUCUGAUGAAGAAGAAGAAAAAAAACCAGUUGCACAGCAGCAAAAAGCAGUUGCAGCACCAGCUAAAAAAGCAGCAGUUGUUGCUAAAAAAGCAGAUUCAUCAUCAAGUGAAGAUUCAUCUGAUGAAGAGGAAGAAAAAAAACCAGCUGCUAAAAAAGUAGUUGCUGCUGCACCAGCAGCUAAAAAAGCUGAAUCAUCAUCAAGUGAAGAUUCAUCUGAUGAAGAAGAAGCUAAAAAACCAGCUGCUACACCAGCUAAAAAAGCACCAGUUGCUAAAAAAGCUGAAUCAUCAAGUGAAGAUUCAUCUGAUGAAGAAGAAGCAAAAAAACCAGCUGCUACACCAGCCAAAAAAGCACCAGUUGCUAAAAAAGCUGAAUCAUCAUCAAGUGAAGAUUCAUCUGAUGAAGAAGAAAAAAAACCAGCUGCUGUACCAGCCAAGAAAAAAGAUAGCUCAAGUGAUUCAAGUGACUCAGAAGAUGAAGAUGUUACAAAACCACCACAAAAAGCUAAAGCAGCUGCUCCAGCAGCUAAAAAAGCUGAUUCAUCAUCAAGUGAAGAUUCAUCUGAUGAAGAAGAAAAACCAGCUAAAAAACCAGUUGCAAAACAA